UGAUGGCGUUGCUAUGCGAAUUUGCAUAUUUACAUACAUUUUGCAUAUUCGUCGCGAAACUGCGCGAAACACCCGAGCAAAUAUGAAUUAACGGAAAUAUCGUCCGCAACUUUGGGACGCUUGUAGAGAACGCCUGAGAAAUUUAAUGUAUCUACAACGAUGGCGUCGGGCAAGGAACAAUAUCGACUUGAACAAGAAGCGUUUGUUUCUAAUCAUGGAGGUACGACACCGCAAGAGGUAAUUUUCACGCUUUUACCGAACGUUUGCGGCAUCUUAUUGACAACGACGACUUUGGGAGUCCUUAGGAAAUACAUCCACAAGAAUGUAAGAGUUGUCAUAGAAUUUCUAUUAAUUGUUAUCCCGACUAUUUUGUGCUGUACCGUACUAUCGGAACACAUCGGUAGUGUAUGUAUCGUAAUGAUAACUAUCUCUGCAUUAAAUAUAAUGUUGUUAGGAAGUAAGGGCACCCAUUUUUCUAAUUUAGAUAUGCGGCCGGUUAUCGGUAAAAGGCCUUUUAUAACAAACUUUCGCGCAUUAACUAAUAUUAUAACAGCGAUUUGUAUAUUAGCUGUCGACUUUCGAAUCUUUCCACGAAAGUUUGCCAAGACAGAAGUGUUUGGGUAUAGUUUAAUGGAUACAGGUGUCGGGCUUUUUAUAUUAGCCAAUGCUUUAGUUGCACCAGAAGCUCGAGACUUUUCCACUUAUCGCCAAGCGGGAUUUCAAGAGACUCUAAUGAAAAAUAUAAAAAAUUGUUUCCGAAGCUGUGUACCUCUUUUGAUGUUAGGUUUUGGGCGUUUUGUAGCAGUCGAGCAUAUAGGAUAUCAGAAGCAUGUCACUGAAUAUGGCAUUCAUUGGAAUUUCUUUAUAACUUUAGCUGUUGUUAAGUUAUUUACUAGUAUGAUUACCAGUACGAUUAGCUCAAAGUAUUCGCUAUUCUCAGGUGUUUGGAUAUUGGGUAUGCAUGAGUAUAUUAUGAGCACAAAAGGUUUAAAGACAUGGGUUUUAAGAGACAGUCCAAGAGAUGAUUUUUUCUCUGCCAAUCGAGAGGGCUUAGUUUCUGUACCCGGUUAUGUCGGUCUGUAUUUUAUUGGUGUAGCUGUUGGAAGAUUAAUCCAUUCCACAUACCAAAAUUCACAUACAAAAUUGAAUAUGAAUAUUUCUGUAAAAUUAUAUGGUUUUGAAUUUGAAGCAAGUUACAAUGAGUCCAUGUUGUUAUGCAUUAAAUUAUCUUUGAUAUCUGCACAAGCUUGUAUCGCAACAUUAUUAUAUGAUUCAUACUCAAAGAUUUCAAGAAGAUUAGCCAAUGCUGGAUAUUGUAUGUGGAUAUUGACUUUGACAACUACACUACUUACUCAGUUAUUACUUGUAGAAAUUGUGUUAGAUAUAACUAAUUAUGCAGCAAGUGAACCAUGCAAUGAUAGCAAAACAAAAAAAUUAAGUAAAAACUUGCGAUUAAAUUUAAAGAAAAAUAUUGAGAGUGAUAAGAAAGAAAAUAAAGAAUGUGUAGUUAAGAGAUCUUUGGAAAUUUGUGAUGCUGUAAAUUACAAUGGUCUGUUUUUCUUCCUUCUUAGUAAUGUUUUGACUGGUCUUGUCAAUAUGUUGGUGUACACAUUAUAUGCAAAACAAUUGGUAGCUGUAUUAAUAUUAAUUAUAUAUAUGGCUAUAAGUAUAUUUUCUACAUUAAUUCUUUACAGAUUACAAAUAUCAAUUAAAUUGUGAAAAGUAUACAAAAAUUGUAAUAAGCCAAUUUUCAUGAAUUUCCCGUUUUUUAAAUAGAAUUUUUGAUAGUUAUACAGAAAAUAUUAUUUUUUCAUAUUUGUUUCUAUAUCGCUAAAGAUAAUUAUAUAAUUUAUAUCUAAACACAUGUACAGAGAACUAUUUUUUAUUAUAAAUUAUGUUAUUUCUUAUAUAG